GACAGUUGGAAAUACCCUCCAAAACAAGUGUACGGCAGAAGACUGGAGGUUGGCCUUAAAAGCUGUGAAAACAGAGGCAAGUGUGGUUCCAUGAGGGCAUUUUGGGAAGACAAGUACAUCGACAGCGAGCCAGCACAGCCUGCCCAACAACAACUACCACCGGCUUAAUUUGCCUUCUUCCUAACUCUCUCACUUUCACUCUCUCACUGUGACUCAGUGGGUGUGAGCAGUCAAGAACAAGCAAGCUUAGGAAAGUGACACGUCAAGUACUAGUGUUUUUCUUCUUCUUCUUCUUCUUCUCGUUUGUUGCAACCAUCAUAAUCUAUUCAAACAAUUACUAAACCCCGCCCUCUUCCCACUUUGCCAUUUUAACAACCACCCACCACAACUAAUCUCUCUCUCUAUUUCAAUGGUGUUGUUAGAUCAUUUUCUUCAUCCUAACUGACAAGUAUCUAAGCUCUUAACUUUUCCGCAGUACCCAAUCGUUGGAUAGACAAUACAUAUAUAUAUAUAUAUAUAUAUAUAUAUAUAUAUAUAUAUAUAUAUAUAUAUAUAUAUAUUUUUUUUUCUUUCCGAAUUUGGGUAUGUUUUUGUGAGGUUUGAUUCAAUGGAAGCGUCAGAGAAUUGUAGUGUCAAGGUAGCUCUUCAUAUUCGACCGCUUAUUGGUGAUGAACGCAGUCAGGGUUGCAAGGAAUGUGUUACUGUUACACCCGGAAAGCCUCAGAUACAAAUCGGCACACAUUCUUUUACAUUUGAUCAUGCUUAUGGAAAUGGGGGAGCUCCAUCAUCUGCCAUGUUUGAAGAGUGUAUUUCUCCACUAAUUGAUGGUUUAUUCCAAGGAUACAACGCUACUGUACUCGCUUAUGGUCAGACAGGCUCCGGAAAGACAUAUACGAUGGGAAUUGGCUCUGGAGAUGGUUGCCAGACAGGGUUGAUUCCUAAAGUUAUGAAUGCACUGUUCAGCAAGAUUGAUAUUUUGAAGCAUCAAACAGAAUUCCAGUUGCAAGUAUCUUUUAUUGAGAUUCUGAAGGAAGAAGUGAGGGACUUGUUGGAUUCUGUAUCUUUGAGUAAAUUGGAUGCUGCAAAUGGACAUGCUGCCAAAGCUAACUCUCAUGGAAGACAUCCACUACAAAUUCGUGAAACAUCAAACGGUGCAAUAACACUAGCGGGAUUAACUGAAGUUGCUGUUAGUUCAUCACAAGAAAUGGCUGCUUGCCUGGCACAAGGAUCAUUAAGCAGAGCAACGGCGAGUACAAAUAUGAACAACCAAUCUAGUCGGUCACAUGCCAUCUUCACAAUCACAUUAGAACAACUGCGAAAAAUCCAUUCAACUUUUCCUGGGAAUGACACUCCAGAUGAGGAUAUGGGUGAAGAGUAUUUCUGUGCCAAGUUCCAUUUGGUUGAUCUUGCUGGAUCUGAGCGAGCCAAAAGAACAGGGUCUGAUAGUCUUCGUCUUAAAGAAGGUAUACAUAUUAACAAGGGACUUCUUGCACUCGGUAAUGUCAUCAGUGCAUUGGGAGAUGAGAAAAAGAGGAAAGAGGGCAUGCAUGUCCCCUACCGAGACAGUAAACUCACUCGGCUCUUGCAGGAUUCACUUGGUGGAAAUAGCAAAACUGUCAUGAUAGCUUGCAUCAGCCCUGCUGAUAUCAAUGCUGAGGAAAGUCUCAACACUCUUAAAUAUGCAAAUCGGGCUCGCAAUAUCCAGAACAAACCUAUUGUUAACAGAGAUGUGAUAUCCAAUGAGAUGCAGAAAAUGCAAGAACAGCUAAAGUUAUUGCAGGCAGAGCUAUGCACUCGUGGUGGAGGAGCUCAAUUUGAUGAAGUGCCGGUUCUUAAGGAAAGGAUUGCUUGGCUUGAGGCCAGGAAUGAGGAGCUUUGUCGAGAACUUCAUAGAUAUCGCAGCAGAUGUGCUGUUGUGCAACCAUGUGAAACAGAUGUGCCAGAAGGUGACGCUUGUUUCACAAAGAGUGAUGGACUUAAGAGGGGUUUCCAGAGUAUCGACUCAUCUGAUUAUCAGAUGGGUGAAAUUUCAUCAGGUGAAAGUUCCGGAGAAAUUGAUGAAGUCACAAAAGAAUGGGAGCAUCAACGUCUGCAAAAUAGUUUGGAUAUGGAGUUGAAUGACUUAAACAAACGUUUGGAGCAAAAAGAGUCUGAGAUGAGAAUUUUUGGAGGGAUUGACACUGUGGCACUGAAGCAGCACUUCGGAAAGAAAAUCGCGGAACUUGAGAAAGAGAAAAGAAUUGUGCAGCAAGAGAGAGAUCGUUUGUUAACUGAAGUUGAGAGCCUUGCUUCUUCUAACUCUGAUGGACAAGGACAAAAAUUAAAAGACGUGCAUGCACAAAAAUUAAAAACUCUCGAAACACAGAUUUUAGAUCUUAAGAAGAAACAAGAAAACCAGGUCCAACUUUUAAGGGAAAAACAAAAAAGUGAUGAAGCAGCAAAGAGGUUGCAAGCUGAAAUACAGUAUAUUAAAUCUCAGAAGGUUCAGUUGCAGCAUAAAAUAAAACAAGAGGCAGAAAAGUUUCGACAAUGGAAGGCUUCUCGCGAGAAGGAGUUACUACAGCUAAGGAAAGAGGGAAGGAGAAACGAGUUUGAACGGCAUAAACUUGAAGCUUUAAAUCAGCGGCAGAAAAUGGUUCUUCAAAGAAAGGCAGAAGAGGCAACAAAUGCUACCAAGCGACUUAAACAAUUGUUGGAAGCACGCAAAUCUGUUAUACGUGACAACUCGGCUAACUCCAAUGGACAUACUCCAGCCAACUCCAAUGGACAUGCUUCAGCUAGCCAGGUAAAGGGAAAUGAAAGAUCUUUACAACGGUGGCUUGAUCAUGAGCUGGAAGUCAUGGUGCAUGUGUAUGAAGUUCGUCAUGAAUAUGAGAAGCAACAACAAUUGCGAACCGCACUAGAAAAGGAGUUGGCCUUGUUUAAGCAAGCAGAUCAGCUUUCUUCAGAAGGGCAGGGUAGCCAAGUAGGAAAGAGUGGACAUUCCAGAGUGUUAUCCAUGUCACUGGAUGCACGAAUGGCAAGAAUAGCUUCACUUGAGAACAUGCUGAGCAUGUCUUCGAAUGCUCUCAUGGUGAUGGCUACACAGCUGUCGGCGGCAGAAGAUAGGGACCGAAGUUUAAGUGGUCGUGGACGUUGGAACCAACUGCGUUCAAUGGGUGAUGCUAAGAACUUGCUUCAAUAUAUAUUUAACAUCGCUGCAGAAACAAGGUGCCAGUUGUGGGAGAAGAGUAUGGAAAUCAAGGACAUGGAAGAUCAACUGAAUGAGCUGGUAAAUCUACUUAGAAGAAGCGAAGCACAGAGAAAGGAGCUUGUCAAGGAACAAAAGUUGAGGGAACAAGCUGUUGCUGUUGCCUUAAGUACACCAGCUUCGGGAAAUCCACGCACUUCAUUAAAGCACUUUGCGGAUGACAUGAGUGGUCCUUUGUCUCCAAUAUCACUCCCUGCACCAAAGCAGCUCAAAUUCACACCAGGAAUAGUAAGCAGUUCAGUUCAGGAGUCGGCAACAUUUCUGAACCAGACACGAAAGCUGGUACCAGUUGGGCAACUGUCAAUGAAGAAAUUAGCAACAGUGGGGCAAGCUGGGAAACUUUGGAGAUGGAAGAGAAGUCACCAUCAGUGGCUGCUACAGUUUAAGUGGAAGUGGCAGAAGCCUUGGAAACUCUCAGAAUGGAUCAAGCACAGUGAUGAGACACUAAUUAGAUCAAGGCCUCGCCCCCAGGCUCAGAUAGUCAGAUAGAUACGAUAUGAUGACUUCAUUUCCAUAAGCUUCUUUAUUUUGCUGUACAUACAUCUGACUGCUCUAUAUGAUCCAAGAUAUGGCUUGGUGAAAACAGCUGUAACUGCAGGAUCGAUGCAGGUGUUGUAAAUCGGCAGGAACAGACUGGUAUGUUCCACUGUCAUCGGACUUGGCCAUGGUUUUGCGUCAGAAGCAAACUUGCCGUACUAGCAGUCUCGCAAAACUUGCAUUAAGAACUUGGAGUGCCGUUGCACCUGCUGAAAGAAGAUAUGCAAGAAAGAGAUGGUUUGUGUUGCUGACAUAUGAUGUUAAUUUGUUUGCCUAAUUUGAUUUUGAUUUUGUUUUUGUACAUUGUCAUCAAUAGAAAAUUGCAAUUUCAUCCGCAA